UCAUCUGCCUUUUUUUUUUCUUGUCCCUUCUUUUCCUAAAUGUUCUGUCAGUAGGAUCCUAUGGCAGUGACCUUGAUAAAGUGUGCGGAAAACCCAAGUUGUCUGGGAAAAUUAUGGGGGGCCAGUCUGCUCUUGAGGGGAAGUGGCCUUGGCAAGUUGGCCUGUGGUACAGAGGAAUUUUCAUUUGUGGAGGUUCCCUUAUUGACUCCCAGUGGAUACUCACAGCAGCCCACUGCUUUCAAAAGUCCACUGAUCCACGUAUGUAUAAAGUCUUUGUAGGCUACAGCAAGUUGUAUGAGGGAAACACUCACUCUCUCCAACUCUCAGUGAGAACAAUUUUCAGCCACUCCGAUUUUUCUAAGAAUCACCCGUUUGGAAGUGACAUUGCCUUGUUGGAACUGAGUUCUCCAGUUGGCUUCUCCUCAUACAUCCUCCCUAUUUGUCUGCCCACUCCUGGGUUAUAUUAUGAAGGGAAAUCUUGCUGGAUGACAGGCUGGGGUACUCUUACAGAAACAGUGCUCCUGCCACCAGGAUCCUAUCUCCAAGAGGCUGAGAUCCCUCUCUUUGAAAAUCAUUUAUGCAAUUUGUUUUAUGGAGUUCCAAUGAGGGACAACUUGACAUAUGACAUCAAGGACGACAUGCUGUGUGCCGGAGACAUCAUCCAUCAAAGGGCAAUCUGUCUGGGAGAUUCUGGAGGGCCACUUGUCUGUGAAUUUUCAGAGACCUGGAUGCAGGUGGGAAUUGCAAGCUGGGGCAUGCCAUGUAACAUACCUGUUUUCCCGAGCGUUUUCUCUAGAGUAUCCUAUUAUUUGGAUUGGAUUGGGGAGAUCAAGAAAUUGGGGCACAAAACAUCACCAACCAAAGCUCCAGGUGUGAACAUCAUUGCCGAGGUAUCAAGAAUUUCCCCUCCAGCAAGCUGCGGGUCAGUCUGGAAGACCUUUCUCCCCUCCCUGGUCUCUGUUCUGCUGCUGCUGCUCUGCCAGGAUCUCUGGAACUGACCGCCCCUCCCACCAGCAUCCCUCUCCCCCCCAAAAGUGCCUUGUGUUCCCCUUUAACCCUCCUCCUCUCCCACCACCCCUUUCCCAACAUGAUCUCACCUUCCCCCUCUUCCUGGCUCUCUUUCCUGUCAGUGGGAUGCAGGUGGACUCCAGGAGGGUCUUGGGUCUGUCCCCUAAGGUGUCAGUGGGGGAGGUGGGGUGAUGGACUGUCUGGGGUACCAACAGGGAAGAUUCUUCUUCUUAGGGAGCUGAAAGCCUUGGCUCUGGGAUUCUGGACAAACACAGUCUUUGAGUACUUAAAAAAGCACCAGGACUUUGACACACCCAUUAAACUGUUGCCAUGAAGAAGACUAUGGAGUUCUGUAAUUCCCUUCGCUGAUAACAGUUGGCAUCUCACGUCCAAGGAUGCGGCAAUGACUUCCAUUCCUAUAGCACAGUAAAUUCGGAAAAGGCUUUUCUCAUAACCCUAAUAUAGAUGGUACAGAUUUCCCCAUUUUACAAAUGAGAACAUUGAGACUUAUUCAAGUUAAAUGAUCCACCCAUGUUUAUAUAGACACUAUUAGGAUCUGGAAUCUGUAACCAGGUCUUUUAUUUAAAGAUCUGGAUCCCUCCAUUUUACAAAUGAGAACAUUGAGACUUAUUAAAAUUAAAUGAUCCACCCAUGUUUAUACAGACAGUAUUAGGAUUUGGAAUCUGUAACCAAGCAUUCUAUUUCAAGACCCAAAAUCCUUCCUAUUUUGUCUUUGUCAUCAGAACCUAGAACACACAGCAAGUAUACAUACAGUAGGUGCUCAAUAAAUGCUUGUGGCUGGUAUAUAUUAUUUAUCUGUAUAAUGUUUCUUCCUAGUAAGAUAUCAUACAUUCUCACAGGAAAGGAAUUGUUUUCUUUUGUCUGUGCCUAGCACAGUGCUAGACAAACAACAGACAUUUAAUAAAUGCUUGUUGAAAUGAACACUACUCCAAUUACAGGAAACCACCAAAAAAAGUUAAAAAAAUUAAAGUUAGGUCAGGAAUGAGUUGUUUCUCU